UGAGACACUGUGAGCAUAAAAACGAGAAAUCUCUCAGUCGAAUAGCGCUGCAAAAGGGAGCCUCGAAACCAAUGCUUUGACUUCCUGCAUUCAUCAGCAAAAAUGUAAACAGCGCUUUGGAAACCUGUGACCUCCACUGUCUAGAAGGACAAAGGCUGGGAACAUCGCCUUCUGCCUGUUCCCCUCCAAACUGCACACAUUAUCCUUACUUGGGGAAUAUAUCCUUGUUCCUUCAGUGUCGCUGGUUCAAAAUCCUGCUUCCUGAACUACCGUAUACCUUACUGCUUCAGUUCAAAGGAACGCACAAGGCCAUACCAGAGGAAUAAGGUGCCGCUGACCCCAGUGAAUACGUUUCUGACAGAAGACUACUUGAAGGGCUUUGAGGAUGUGUGGAGCUGAAUCCUGACCAUCGGCCUCGCUGCACAUGCCAUGUUGACCGUGAGGAGACCGGCCGUACUCUUGCACUCUGCCCGGUCGAAGCCUCCGCAGCUCAGCGGGCGUUGCUCUGGGUGGCUGCAGUCAGCCUGCUUCUCGAGCCGUUCUGGGGGUUGGCGCAAGGUUGUCGAGCCAGAGGCCUGGACAAAGUGGGCAGAUGACGUGCGGCGCUGGGCGCUGGGCUGGCUGAAGGAUUGCGGCGGCUCGGGCGGCACGGCCCGACAGAAGCUGGUGUCAAUUUUCGCGAGCCAGUGCAGCUACGUGACCGGGCAGAGGCUGCGGAGGGCCCUGCAGAUCGGGCAGCUGUACAACAACUUGUACUCGGAGCGGUCCCGCCGGAGCCUGCUCUCCAGCCUGUGGAGGCAAUUCCACAGCCGGAACCGGGGCACCGGCAAGCUGGUGGCAGCCUUUGCUGCUGUCUUCAUGUGGGACAACGAGAGGAUUCAGGAUGAGGAGCUGCAGCGGUGCCUGAGCGACUUCAGAAGCCUGGACCCACCAACUGUGGAGAAACCCAGGAGCCAGGAGCGGGCGGAAUGCGAGCACAAGCAGCAACGGGACAGCACGUGGGAGCUGGUGAUGGACAGACCCAGCUUCCGGCUCUGGCGCAGGCCCAUUCCGAGCAGCCACCUCUACCAGUACCGAGUGUUCGGAACGUACACGGAUGUCACGCCUCGGCAGUUCUUCAAUGUGCAGCUCGACACAGAAUACAGGAAGAAAUGGGACGAGCUGGUCAUCAAGCUGGAAGUCAUCGAGCAGGAUGAGCUCUCCGGAUCGGAGAUUGUUCACUGGGUCACGCAUUUUCCGUACCCCCUUUACUCGAGAGACUACCUCUACAUCCGACGCUACCACGUGGACCAAAAACACAAUCUGAUGGUGUUGGUGUCAAGGGCUGUCGAACACCCGGAUGUCCCAGAGAGCCCAAACUAUGUACGGGUUACCGCUUACCAGUCGCAGAUGGUGAUCAAGCCACACCGGUCAUUCGACGAGGUAAGGCUGCACGGAUAAGUGGUAGCUGGCCGG